GUCAGCCAGCUGUUUGGACAUGGGCAUGAAUUCGAAUGUACUGACAGCACUCAUGCACAUUCACGCGUACGAGCCAUCUAUGGCAACACGAACAUCCGUGUUCACCAAGGACAUACAGCCAUCAUGCAGCUAGUGCAUGCGUCCGUUAGAGCUACAUUGGUCUCUGCCAUUGGCUCGGUGCCGUGGCAUCUAGCUGUCCUCCAGCCUCCUUCUCUUGGCCUCCCUCUCCACACCCUCACCUGACACAUUGAGGCACACAUCACAGCCAUGACAUGACGCACACAAGGAGUGCAUGUGUGUCGCUCUGAUCUGGCUCCUCCCCUGCCCCCAUCUCACCCUCUUCAUCCUCCUCCUGCUGGCCAUCGCCCUCGCCAUUGCCCCCUCCGUCGAUGUCGCCAUCCAUAUCUGCACACUCAAGACACGCAAACAUACAAAUGGGCCCAACCACACACACACACACACACACAUGUAUCCCACUCACCCUCAUCGCCAUCGUCGUCAUCCGCACCCUCCUCUGCACACCACCACACACACACCGAUUCAUCCGACCGACAGACCGAGGUGGAGGCGGUCGGCUGCACACUCACCCUCAUCGAUGGCUUCCUCCUGUUGGUUGACCACCAUAUCUGCGAUGGUGCUGCCCAGCGGGCCGCCCACCAGAGGGGCGGUGGUAGGCCGGCGAUCCUUGAAGGCAUCAUAUGCAUCACCCACUGGCGGCUCGGUGGUGACGACACACACACCCACUGCAUACAGCGACAGCACACGUCAAAGGACGGCUCCAUCACCAAAAGAACUCUUAUCCGCUCCCUACCUGUGUCCGUGUUGGCGUGGGUGGCGAGAACGACAAAUGCGACGAAUGGGCUGUCGAACGGCGUCAGCAGCAGAUGCCGAAUCUCACCAGGGGGAACCCUAUAGUCCAACCUGCCCGCCAUGACGGCGGUGCAUCGGUCGGGGGGCUGGUGGGGCGACUGGUUGAGGAGGCCGUCCAGCACACCGCCGUGAGCAUGGCUGAGGAGACCAACACAGAGCAGAGGGAAGAGGCCCUGAUGGAUGGAUGAGUGUCUGCCCGAGUGUCGUGUGUUCUGCAUACCGGUCCACGUAGGCCCAUGGAGUGGUGCCCCUUUUGGCCGCUGGAGGGACCGCCAGAACGACCCCCAUGAUUUUCGCCGACGCCGAGGCAUGAGUGGAGACCUGAUUACCGGCCGUCCAGCUGCCCCCCUGCCAGCUGAUUGUGGAUCUGACGGGGGGGUUGUCAUUGAUGGUGUGUGUGUGGAAUGGGUGGGCGGGGGGGAGGGGCGGGUUGAUGUCCAGCUCGAAGCCCGGCUCGUCCUUGAUGGCACACACACCGCCGCCCGGCUGGUCGAACAGCUUAAAACGGCUGUAGCCACUACUGCCGCCGAAGUUGACGUGUCGGCCGACCAUCUUCCACAACGCAAUCACACGCACAUCGGCCAAAUACGCCUACACAGACAGACACCACACGACAGACAGACAGACAGACAGACAGACAGACAGGCAGACAGACAGACCGAUGAGUGCCCCCCCCGCCCCGCCCCGCCCCGCGCUCAUCUGCCCACCUGUUUGCUAUCGUGACGCUGCAGGUCGGCCACAGCGACUGUGAUGGGCAGCUGACAGAAGCCCCUCUGCCGCGCGAAGCGCAGCGCAUUGGCCACCUCGGCCCACUGCUGCGCGUCCACCAGCCAGAUGGCCUUCAACACGAGCUUGGUCUCCAGCUGCAAAUCGAAUGCGAUGAUGCCGUCCAGCUGUUUGGCUGCCAGGCAGCGCCCCAGCCGAUUGCGGAGGACGGCGGCCGAGAAGUCUAUCUGCGAUAGGAAGGCGGCCGUGGAUCUGAGUAUGCCGAUGUCCUCGAGUGUGUGGAUGGCAUCCCGCCCCAGGCUGUGGAUGAAAUCGAUUUGCUCUUCGCCUCUGGCCGGCGGGACGGCCUGCCGGCUGCUGGGCACUGUCACCAAAUUCCCCAUUUUCCUCCUUUCCCG